ACAUCAACUGCAAUGGCAACAGGUUUUGUCUGCCUCGAGCUGUACAAGGUCUUAGACGGGUCACACAAAGUGGAAGACUACAGAAACACAUUUGCUAACUUAGCACUUCCACUCUUCUCCAUCGCUGAGCCGGUUCCACCUAAAGUGGUGAAGCACCAAGACCAAAGCUGGACUGUUUGGGACAGGUGGGUGAUCAAGGGAAACCCGAGCUUAAGGGAGUUGCUAAAAUGGCUAAAAGAGAAAGGACUACACGCAUACAGCAUAUCAUGCGGAAGCUGUUUACUGUUCAACAGUAUGUUCCCAAGGCAUAAAGAGAGGAUGGACAGGAGAGUGGUGGAUCUUGCAAGAGAAGUGGCUAUGGUUGACUUGCCUGCUUAUAGACGUCACGUGGAUGUUGUGGUCGCUUGUGAGGAUGAGAAU